GCUAGUCCACGACAAGCUGCGCUAGGAAUUGGAGCCUGCGAGAAGCCACGCGAAGGAGGCAGAGGGCCUUAUAAUCCGGAAGGGCGGGAGGCGACGGACGGCCUCCGGAAUCUUCUUGGGUUUUCUCGUAGGCUCCGCUAGGGUUUCUCGCUUCUCUUCUCUUCUCUUCUCUUCGAGAAGCGCGAUGGAGACGUCCCUGAGAUUGGGUGGCGAUUCCAAGGCCCUAAGAAUCCACGCCAAGGAGAAGUUUCCCAUCGAUUCCGGAGUCCACUUGCAGGCUCAUGGAGAAAUUGAUACCAGUACUGGAGCUCCUAGCUAUCUUGCCUUGAUCGUCCGGAACUCCUAUCCUGAGUUAUCAGCCAGCGUGGGUGUGGGGGUUCAGUUGAACAAACGCAGUAAGGUCGGUUACACCAUUCGAGGGAAAAAGGCAUUUCCAAUCUCAUAUGAUGGUCUUGUAGGCAUCAAUGUCAAAGGGAUGUAUGAUGUUGACAAGGAUCUUAAAAAGAUGAAGCAAAGAGGAGCAGUUGAAUUUGCUUGGAGCAUAUUCAAUUUUAAGAAGGACCAAGAUGUGAGAAUUAAAUUGGGAUAUGAAGUAUUUGACAAGUCAAGAAAUUCCUGGUUGCUUUCUGCUAGCAUAUCCCAAGGUUCAUUUAGUAGCUUUUUUUUGCAUUUUGAUUUUUGCAAUUUGUCCAAAAAUGUAAACAAUGUCUGGGUUAAGAAAUAUUCAAAUGGAUUACAAAAUCUGUUAUCAGAGCAUCUUUGAUCUAUCUAUUUAAGGUGGCAAAGUUUAAAAAAAAAAAGAGGAUGAGCUUGAUCCCAUUCAUUGGCUUCAUGUGUCCUACUUUGCUGUUGAUUCUCUGUUUGUAAUAAUGUCUUGUAAUUGGUAAGUCUUUUCCAAUCUUUUUACACUAUGUCCAUCAAAUUCAUUUUCUGUAAUCCCUGCUCCCCUCUUUUUGAGCUUUUAACGUGAAUCUCAUAUUCUUUAUUCAUAGAGGCUAUCUUUGUGGGGCCAAACUAUAUUUUAUUUCCCCUUUCUUUAUCUUUAUUAUCUUUAUUCCUUCUCUUUUUAAGACCAAAAUGCCACGAGAAAAUUCUAAUCAGAUGGUUGAUAUUCAAAGCUGAUUUGCCUUUCGAGCAAUAGAUGGGGCUCUAAUUUCAUAGAAAAUCCAAACAUGAUAUAUAUAUUUUAGAUUUUACAUAAUCUUCCUGCUUAAUGUUGGGUCACUUGGAAAUGUUGAUUUUAAGCCUCCUAAAUGUUGAGUAAAUAAGAGAUUCCAAGAAUUAAUGAACCAUGCAAAAUGUUCCAUGGAUCCUGGUUAUGUUUCCUUUGUUUUUUGUUCUCAUGGGGCGUAAAUUGAAGAGAGAUGGUUACUUUUGUAUUUAUUAAAUCUACAGCAGCAUGUUAGGUUUUUACAUUUUGCAUCAUCUUGUGAUGUUCAUCUUUACUGUCGUUUGCUUUAGACCUUGCUUUUCCUCAUAUACGAUUACAAGUGGCAGUCAUGGUUGGUGACAUGGACAAGAUAAUUAGAAUGAAGCCCAUACUCAACAAUGAGAUUUUUGGAUGAUCAUUGUUGUAGAUCUAGGAAGGAAAGUUGAGAUAUUAACCAAAUGCUGAUCGAUAAUGAAAAUUUUUACAUGUCAUAAUCAAGCACCAAGGACUUGUUUCAUGAGUGUGUUAUGCUACCACAACUUUGUCUUCUGGAGGUCGAUCUUGGUAUUCAGUAAUCAAAACCCUUCUCACUGCAGCUGAGCUACUGUUAUAAGAGUUUAUGGCACCAUAAAGUGUACCUUUGAUUGAAGAGAUGCUAAAAGGUUGCAUGGUAUAGUUAAUCAAUCCCACUAAGGGUAGAUGGAAGAGACCCAUUUGGCAUACCAAUUGAGGAAGACAAUGAUAAACUGAGGCUGGAAUAAUUUAGGAGAAGUGUGAAGGAAUAUCUUUAACCUUAAACUACUCAAGGUUCUUUGUGAAUCAAAUUUUCUUUAAGUGGCUCAAACUUGAGGGGAAGUUGUAUUAGGAAUUGAUAAGGUUUUUGUCAAUCCUGGAACUGCUAACUCUUUGCCUGAUAGGGUGGAUCAUGCCUAGGUUUUAUCGCAAGACUAAAAGUGGCUAGGGGGCAGCCAGGGGUUGCCUAGUGUGUGUGGAUAGGUGCCUGGAGGUCAAAGCAGCCCCAAAACAAUAAAUUACAAUAAAUAAAUACAAGGAGAAACCUUAAGAAAAGGGGUUACAAUCUAACAAGUGAAACAUAAUAUAUCAAAUAAGAUGUAGUGAAUCAAUAAGUACCAAUUUGCCAACACCCAACAACCCAUCACUUGCAAGCAAUUUCGAGACAGGUCAACCCAAAACCCAGAACAUGCUGAAACCCAUUUAGACUGCUGACUCAAGUGGUUUAAGCAUUCAAACCAGCUGACUUGGCCAGUCCACUAACCCGCUCGGGUCAGAACAAAAAAGAAAAUAAUUAGUGCAAUAUCCCAACCUCAUCAGUUUGACCCUGAACACCAGCCUACCUUGCUUUCCCUUCUAUCUCCAUCCCUAGUCUUCACUGGCACUCUAGUCUUAUUGAUAUGAGCUGUGUAGGUGGUGCCUUCUUUUUUCCCAUCUUUCUGCAGGUAUCAUAAUUCUUAGUGGUACAUCUCUUCAUCCCUCAGGUGGCUAUCUUGUAAAGCGAUGCCUGAAGCUUGCAUUAGUAAUCGGAUAAUAAAUAAUUGGAAUUUUAGAUUGAUUUUUUUGUCUUGCUAGGUGUACUGGCAAAGUACAAGAGUUGGUUUCUUGCAUUCCCCAAUCAAUAACACCGAAAUGUCUGAGGCGUUGGUCCUUUACAUUGAGCUACAUACAAGUUGGCAAUAUAAGAAUAAGAGAUGUCUCAGUCGAGUUCGUUAGAUUGGAGAUAAUUUAGUUCCACUUGAAACUAGAUGAUUACAGGGCAAAGGUAGAGCCAACAUCAGCCGAAACUUGCAAAGGCCAUGUCCGAUGAUACUAGAGCGAUGGAUUUCAUGUGAGCCAUUAGAGUGAGUCGAGCCAGUUAAAUGAGAAGGUUACAGGUCAUGGCAAACUAUGACACCUAGUUGCUUGCAUUGGUGCAAUGAACGUUCGUGGAGGGGAGGCAGUUGAAUGAGAUGUCAUGAUGGGAGCAGCCCCCGGUGUCGAACUGGAGUACGCUGGGGAGUCACAGGAAAAGAAGCUUUGCUUUUGGUUUUACAAACAUAUCAUGCGUGAUGACACCAUAGGAUGGCCUCAGGAAUAAAUAAUGAUUCUAUGCAGUUAUAUGAGGAAUGACAGAGGACAACCCUGAAAGUGUAGAAUCAGUGUCAUGCAAAACCAAUGCCAAAAGAGGCUGGAUUGGGGCCAAAACCCAUCAAAUCAUCAAAUACACUAAAGUUUUGAAAGAUGAAGAAAGAGACAUGGAUGAUGGUUUGUGUCUGCUGAUGCAUUUGGAAGCGUUGCAAUGAUGUAGUAGGUCCACUAUUAUGGUCAUCAUGCAAUUACAGUAGGUUAUGGCCCUCUUGGAUGUAUUAAGUGAUAAAAUAAUUUUCUGACCCUAUUUGCCUGCUUCUGCAUGGACUGCAGUUAUUUUGGAUUAAAUGAAUGACUCUUACAAUGG